AUGAAACGUCUAAAAACUCUAGAUCUUUCUGGUUGUUAUAGAGUUGAAAAUUUAUCGGAGAAUUUGCAGCAUGAAAAGUUUUUGGAAGAGCUCGACUUGACUGAAACAGCCAUAACCGAACCACCAUCCUUCAUUUUUCAAUUUAAAAAUCUUAAAGUUCUGUCUUUCAAUGGAUGCAAAAGAGGAAGGACAAAUUCCAUUGCUCCGAUGUUACCUUCAUUUUCAGGUUUGAGUUCAUUAAGAGAGCUAAAACUAAGGGACUGCAAUCUUUGUGAAGGAGAUAUUCCCCGUGAUGUUUCUGGUCUAUCCUUUUUGAAAGAACUUGAUCUUAGUGGUAACAAUUUCGUCAGUAUACCUGCAUCUCUUACACGACUCUCCAAGCUUGAAGUUCUUAUAUUGUCAAAUUGCAACAUGUGCACUCUUGGUGAAGCAGAUAUUCAUGGUCUAUCCUCUUUGAAAUGGCUUUAUCUUAACGAUAACAAUUUCAUCACCGUUCCUUUGGCUCUGACUCAACUUUCCAAGCUUAAAUUGAUUGCAUUAUCAAAUUGCAUGAAGCUUAACUCGUUGCCUGAGCUACCAACAAGUAUAGAAGAUGUGUGGCUAGAGGGUUGUUCUUCACUUGAAGUAGUUGCAAGUCCAUCAAAAGAAGUGAAAUCCCAGAAUGGUUUAGCCAACAAAAAGGUGACUCCUUUAUUAAGAUUCCCUUACCUAUCAACCUUCAAGAGGAUAGUGAAUGGAUUGGAGUUGCUUGUUGCUGCAUUUUUGUCAAUAAUGAUGCUUCAAAGGAUGUGGGCUUUAUCGACUGCAGAGCGUUAA